CCUGGUUUUCGAUCGCUUGUCAAACAUCAACCAGCCACAAGCCUUCCAAGCCGGCCAAUCAGCCACACAUAACAACCUUUCCUUUCUCGCAUUCCCCUGUCAAAGUCUGUUUUCGAUCUCACACAUCGACGCACAUUCACCGAUCCGCCCGUCUUGUCGGCGGCAUCCUCCCCACACACACUGCAGCCAGCCAUCCGCUCCGUGCGUGUGGUCUGUCUGUUUGUUGGAGUGCCCUUGUGCUCGGCCGCGAUCGGCAUUUGAGAUCACCGGAAUUCCCCUGAUCCCGCCACACAAUUAACCACGCGAUCGAGCGAUGGCGGGCCUUGUUGUGCAGCAUCUCAGGCUCUUGCUGCUGGCAUGCGCAUGCCUGCUCGCUCUGGCUGGCGUGAGUGAUGGCUAUGUCAACUGCCUGGACUGCUACUUCCGCUAUGUCACCCCAUAUGGCACCGGCAUCACAUCCAUCAGCAGUGUCUUCAACAGCGUCUACGCGGAUCGCCAAUGGGCUUUCGGCUACGAUCAGAUUGGCGCCUUUCCAACCGCUGAUGUUGUUGGCUCUGGUGCCUUCAACUACAACCAGUACACCCAGUCCAUCGCGUACUACUGCCCAAAUCAGUACUACCUCAUCACAAUGGAGUCAGCGGUGAACAACUACUACCAAGACCGCGUGUUCCACUGGGAGUGCCGCCGCUCAGCAUACACGUACUUCCGUGGCUGCUAUACCACUGGAUACCUCAACGGCUUCACGGGAAGCUUCAACUACAACUCGGGCGGACGUCGGGUCAUCACAGGCGUCAGGUCCUACCAGGACUCGACGUACAUCACUGGCUACUCCUUGUUCGGAACCCCCUACUAUCAUUACUCCACAUUUGACAGGCGGUGGCAGGUCGCUACCUGCGAGAUUGUCUGCAACCUUGCAUUUGACUAUGUGAAUUCUGGUCGCAGAUGCAUCACGCUGACUCCAACCACGAUCGACACCAGCUACACGUACAAGUUCAACAUUCACGGGGGCUUCCAUGCUGCUUGCCCGACGGGACAGGCGCUCGUGCGAAUGGCGGCUUACUCGGCCAAUGAGGAUCGUCGUUGGCGCUUCCUGUGCGCCGACAACAUUGGUGGUCCCACUGAUGGCAAUCUGGUCGCGUUUAGCCAGCCGACCUACAACCAGCUGCGUGCAGCCUUCUCCUACGACUGCCCACCAAACUCCUACAUUCGAGCUGUCAAGUCAUCGUAUGUGUUUGAAAGCCUGGACCGGGUGUACAGCUUCCAAUGCCAGUACAUCACAGGAGCGACUUUGGUGGACUGCGUUACAGUGGGCCCCAACGCGUUCGACGCCGACACGGGUUUUAAUGCUGGAACUAACCGCGUGUUUGCAGGCAUUUCUACCACAUUCGGCGCAAGCCAGAACGAUCGCGCUUUCACCUACAAACUCUGCCGCGUGCAAUGUGACGACGGCUUCUUCUACGACGGCGCACGCGGCUGCAUUCCGCUCAUCUGUCCCGAGAUUUCCGUUCAAUUUGGCACCGUUUCCGGUACUUGCUACGGCCGUGAAGGCGAUCAGUGCUCCUUUGUGAGCUGCGACACCGGUUACCGUCAGAUUGGCGACACCACCGCAAUCACGUGCAACCCAGACGGAUCUUGGAGUGGAUCCCUUCCUGUUUGCGAGCGCAUUCGGUGCCCUGCCCUGUCAGUGGUCAAUGGGCAGGUGGCUGGCCAGUGCGACGGCCUCUCAGUUGGUGACACGUGCACGCUCGAUGCGUGCUCGAGCGGCUACUGGCCAUCCAACAGCGGCACAACGACCGUCACGUGCACAGAGGUCGAUGGGGAGCUCAUGUGGAGCGGCGAUCUUCCAACAUGCGAAGCCGUCAAGUGCCCGCCUCUGAAGCUCAACCAUGGCAGCGUUGGCGGCCAAUGUUCUGGGAACCUUGGUGACACGUGCUAUUACAACGGCUGUGACAACGGCUUUCAAAUCGCCAUUGGAGGCUUGAAUUUGCGCACGUGCCAGCAAGACGGCGCGACUGGUGUUUGGAGCGGACAGCAAGAUCGCUGCGAUGCUCGCCUCUCCGCGACCGCUCAGACGAGGCCGUUUUCGCUCAUGUGCGACAGUGGCCAGGGCGUGGUUGGCCUUUAUUCGGAGUAUGGCAGUGGAUACGAUCGUGUGAACUGGGACAUCAUUUGCAGUGAUAUUGGCAGCAACGACUCCCCCCGUCUGUGGAGCAAACACGAGGAUGUCCAUCAGCUCCAAGAGGACUUCUCCUUCACAUGCCCCGACGGCACCUCAUACCUGGCUGGAAUGACGACAACGUACGAUGCCACCGCACGGGAUCGGCUGUGGGAGUUUCGGUGCGCCACCGUGUUUGGUGCAGAGCUGGUCAACUGCCAGCAGCGCACCCUCUACUCGUAUGGCGUGCAGUUCAGAGCACCAGAUGGACACGUCGUCGUUGGUGUGACCUCCACUUAUUUCGCCACGUACCGCAAGCGCACCUUCCAGUAUCGCACGUGUGAGGUGCGCUGUCGCGCAAAGGACGAGUACUUCAGCACAGGCGGCGGAGAAUGCCAGCGCGUUGGCUGCGGCCAACUGACCAUUGACAAUGGCCAGGUCGCCGGAACAUGCGACGGCAACAUCGGCGAUCAGUGCGAGUACUUGCAGUGUGAUGCCGGCUAUCAGCUGUCCAGGGAAGGCAGUGCUCAACGCGAGUGCAAGAUCAUCGAUGGCUCCGCCACUUGGACUGGUGCCGCAAAGACUUGCCUGCUCUCGACGUCGACUACGCCUGCAGCUGUGACAGUGGACGCUUGCAGCGUCUAUAACACUGCGGCCAACCCGGCCACUUGCCGGUCCCAGUGCAAGUACCUGAAGCAGGGCGACGCCACCUUCUCCAAGACUUACGGCAGCUGCUCAAACGUGUGCUCAUGUGGAUGCGCUAAGCGCUUCAAGUUGACAAAGGAUGCAGCUCGAUGCUCUGCCCACUGCGCUGACCAAGGCCUCACUGGCGUCUACCGCGACAUGCACCUCGGGUGCCGCAAGGUGUGCCUGUGCGUGGAUGGGGACGCCCCGACGACGCCGGCAAGCGGCCCGCUGACGCAACCGCCACCCGACACGAGCGCCUUCAACUUCCCCUACGGCGACUACAACUACGAGCUCACCUUCACGGGUGUUGUCGGAAACAACAACGACCCUCGCGCCUUCUCCACCGAGUUUGACUUUGGAGCAUCCAUUGCCAACCUGGAGGCCGAAUCCAUGCUGCAAUGCCUGCGGUACUGCAGCGCCGACACAAACUGCAAGGGGCUCGUCGUGGUUGUCGUCAACAGCAUGCUGCGCUGUCAGCUGCUGAAAAACACGGGCACAGAGACAGGUGUUGUCACAGACGCCCCGUCCGUGUCGCUCACGCGCCUGGCGAGCUCAACGACAAGCGCAACCACAACCACGCCCGCCAUCACUAAGGCCAUCCAGACGGUUGUUGGCAACGGCGGCACGACGUGGGACUCGUCGGCAACCCUGCUCAACACGGGUCUCAACCAACCCGACUGUGUCACCUUUGACGGCGAGCACGAGAUGCUGGUGACGAUGGUCUCUGACCACCGCGUCAUCCGCGUGAAUUUGCGCACGCGCACGUCAUCCCUGGUCGCCGGCACGGGCGAGAUGGGUGCGAGCGGCGUUGGCGGCGCUGCCACGAGCGCACAGCUGAACCGCCCCCGCUGCGCCAUUGCCGAUAUUUUCGGCAACGUGUACAUCACGGAGGAAGGCAACAAUCGUGUGUCCAAGGUGGACGUUGCGACGAAGAAGCUGAGCGUCGUGGUAGGCACGACGGGCGCUGCUGGUCACCGCGGGAUGGGCGGCACAGCAACCGCUGCCCGCAUCAACGCCCCGCAGUCGAUGGCCUGGAUGGACAACGGCAACCUGCUCUUCUCGGACGAGGAGAACCACGUCGUGUACAUGUACAGCCCCAUCACAACCCUGAUCACCGUGGUGGCUGGUACGCCCGGCGCUGCUGGCGACGACGGCGACGAUGGCUUGGCCGUGAGCUCCAAGCUCAAUGCCCCCGCUGGCAUUGCCUUUGCCGACAACACGCUGUACAUCGCAGACAGCGGCAACCACCGCGUCCGCGCCGUGGACAUGCGCACUGGCGUGAUCACAGCACUGGCCGGCACGGGCGUUGCGGGCUUCCGCGGUGAUGGCGGUGCACCCAUGGCUGCUCGCCUCAACACCCCACGCGGCAUCGCUGCCAUGCCAGCAGGCGAGAUUGCCAUUGCCGACACGGGCAACAGCCGCAUUCGCACGCUCAACGUCGGCGGCCAGGGUGCUGGCGUCAUUGAGACGGUGGCCGGCACGGGUGCGCGCGGCUUUAGCGGCGAUGGCGGUGUUGCCACCGAGGCCAACCUCAACUUCCCAACAGGCAUCACAUUCUCCCCGAGCACCAACAACAUUGUCUUUGUUGACCGCCGCAACCGUCGCGUGCGCCAGAUUUGGUCAUAAGCGCCGGCAUCACGCCCGACUGCUGCUGCUGUUGUUGGCGUUGUUGUUGCCACUGCCACUACUGUGUUGCUGCUGGUGCCUUCCUUUUUCACCUUGGAUGUUGUGUGUUUGUGUUACACCUCUGUUUGCGACGGAGUGUUCCCUUUGCUCCUUUUGCUCUUUGUUUGCCCGAUGCAUGUGCGAAUGGGCAAGCGACGUUCCUCAUCACUUUGCCGACUGCUUUGACGUUGAGUUGCACACGCGCACGUGCCAUUGUCACUGUCCGCCUUGUUGUUUUCACUGUCCUGUUCCAGCGCACUCUUGACUGACUUUCAUCACGCUGCCCUUGCCACACUCGUUCCGCUUCUUUUCCCAUCUGUUUUCUGCUUGAGUGCUGCUUCACCUCCCCGAUACAAACCGUG